AUGCAUCCGCCCGAGCUGGCGCGUCUCCGUCUCCGACGCAUCGAUCGGCCUGGCACCGCCUGUCUGAACAUGGAUCCGCAGAUCAAACUCCCGUACACCAUCGAACCGGUUUCGAAAACCGCCGCCGAUCUGAAGGCCUACUGCGAGUCGCAGCAGGACCCGCUCGUCAACCCAAAUGAGAAAGCUGCGAACCCGUGGGCUGAACGGAGCAAGUGUGCCCUGCUU